UGGUAGGACAAAAUAAAAGAAUCUUAUAAUAGUGCUCGUGUAGAAUAAAGUGGGAGGAUCUGUUUGCAUUGUGGCCUUUGAAUCUGUGAGGGGUAGAAGCAGCCGCGGAAAGAUAGAGAGGAAAAAUCGGGAAGGCAAACAAACACAUACAACACACGCAGAAGCAGAGGGAGGAAGAAAGGAAAAGACACACACAAUACUAGUCAAUUAACAAACAAACAGAGAAAGAAGGAAGAAAGAAGAAUUCAACCUUGGGUAUAGGGAACUGGUGUUGUUUUGGGGGGGAGGGGCUCUUUGCCUUGUCCGAAAGGCCAGGGUCUUCUGAGUCUUGAGUCAAGAGUCUCAGGGGUGUGUGAGAGCUAGAGAGAGAACAAGUCGCGUGCAUCAAUGGUAACUUGUUCCAUACUAAAACUCCACCUUCACCUUCUACCUUUAAUCAUAAUAUCAUGACUUUUCACAAUCGCCAUUCUCAAUUUCACAAUCUCUCCCCUUACCUUCACGGUCUUCUGAGUCUCUUUCCCUUCCUUUAGGGUUUCUUCUGCUUCUUUCAGGUGUCGCUGGUAUAGUAAGCCAUGCCGACAUAUACAGCAGUUGCUGUGGAUAGAUUAAUAGAAUCGAGGGGCUCGAAAUCCAUGGCAACUUCCAAGAGCAUUCACGAAUCAAAAUUUGAGAGGAGGAACAACAUUCCUAAUUCAAGUUUUAAUAGAAGCAAGAACGGUUCUGGUUCAGAACUAGAAAGGAAAACUAUCCUGUCUAAUAUAAAGAUGGAUGAUACCAAUGGUAAGUCCUCCGUAAAUGGAGAUAGGAAAGAUCACUGGACUCAAAUAUCUCCUGCACUAUACACGAUUCCAAAGCCAGCGCCACUUCCAGAUUCCCCUUCGUCAUAUCCAGAUUCUCCUUCUUCGUUUCCUCCAUCGCCCUACAUAAUCAAUCACAAGCGUCGAGGUCCACGCCUUUCAAAGAGUUUCACCGAAGAUGAUUUUGGCACUCAACAACACGCUCUAGACGGAGAGAAAAUAGAUGAGAAUUUAAGAGACACGGAGGAGGAGCUCCCCAGUACAUCUGCUGAUGAUCUUUCCGUUUCUAGGGAGACAGCUAAUAAUGUGAAAGAGGAUAAUUUGUUAUUCCCUACUGAUAACCUGGGUAAGGGUGGUGAAGUGGCCGGCCUCCGUGAAGGGGGGCUUCUUCACCAAGAUUUGCCUAAUGGUUCAGCUGGGCAAAAUGGUACAAUGAAGUCUGUUGCAUUCAAUUUGCGGAAAGGUGGUGAAGCUGAUGAUUUCUUUGACCCACAGGAGUCUCUGAGUGUCAGGAGUUUCGGUGAGAGUGAGAAUAAUGGUGGACUCCAGCGCAGUUUAAGUUCCAUGACCCCGAUGGGAGAAUUUUAUGAUGCUUGGGAAGAACUAUCUUCAGAGAAUGGGCCACAGCUACCUGCAAAUGAUUUUGAAAAUGAGCUACGUGAAAUAAGAUUGAGCUUAUUAAUGGAAAUUGAAAAGCGAAAGCAAGUUGAAGAAGUUCUAAGUAAUAUGCAGACCCAAUGGCAGAGGAUUCGUGAACGAUUGUCUCUCGUGGGGUUGAACAUCCCUCCUAAUCUUGUUGCUGGAGAGGAAUUGGACAAUGAACAGCCAGAUGAUCAGGUGGAAGAUUUGUGUCAACAAGUACAAACCAUUCGAUUUGUAUCAGAAUCCAUUGGAAGGGGAAUAACAAAGGCUGAGAUGGAGACAGAAGUUGAGGCUCAAAUUGAGUCAAAGAACUUUGAGAUAGCUCGACUAUGGGACAAGUUGAAUUAUUAUGAAGCUGUGAACCGAGAAAUGUCACAGAGGAAUCAGGAAGCUAUAGAGUCAGCACGGCGUCUUAGGCAAAUAAGGAAAAGAAGGCAGAAGAAAUGGAUAUGGGGUUCGAUUGCUGCUACAAUUACACUAGGCUCUGCUGUCUUAGCAUGGUCUUACUUUUCUACUGGAAAAGAAUCAUCGUCCUUGAAUCAAUCUCGUAGUCUUGAAGGUGGCUCUGCAUCAGAGCUAUAAGUUCUCAAUGAAUAGGUUAAGGUGUGCUUAUUAUACAGGGAAAUAAGGAAGCAGGAGAUCGAUCUUACUGUCUUGUGAAUAUCAUCAUGUAUUCUUUUUCUUUUUAAUACAUGAAGCAUAUAUCUGCUAUUACACAUGUACAGUUCCUCAAAAAUAAAUGGAAGUAUUUGCUCGGGGGUUGUUAGGACCACUACGAAAUGGUUCAUA